AUGCAAAGUCUACUGAUGCUCACCAAUACAAUCAACCAAGAAAAUCAAGCAUUUUGCACGGUGUUCAAGCUACUUGGUGGCCGGUCUCUGACUCACAUUAAGAAAAUUAUAUACCCCCGUUCCUACAAAAAAUCAUGGAAAUUCAAUCCAGUAGUAAAUCUUUCCCGCAAGAAAAUUGUGUGUAGCACUAUAUCCCGCCUCAAGUAUUCAAGUGAUCAAGUCAAUUGUAUCAAGCUAUCAAAAAUGCACCAUCAAAUUAUACAACCCAGGAGCUUACCAUUUCAUGGGUCGGCCAAAAGCACUUCAAGAAUCUCCACUGGGUCAACAAUUUCUUCAAAUAUGAAUUUUAUACAUUGGUCAAAGGCCGUAGUUUCAUACAUAAAAAAAAAGGUUUUGGCGAUCCCCGAAUGGAUUUUGCAGACAAUUCUGUGGCACCAGUAUAUCUAUUACAGGCCUCCAUCAGCAAGCAAGAAAAUAUUUCGGAAGGAACUACGGAAACACAAUAGCAACAAUAUAGCUAUUCAAAGGAAUCCUGCUCUUGGUGUUUUCUCUGAAAAACAACACAAAGCAAAACUGAACCCAUUUCAGUUGGGCGUCACAAAAAUAUUACGCUGUUAA